CACACCUCCUCCUCCUCCUCCAUCCUUACACCAGCUGGUUGGCCUUCUUUUGUUGUUUACUGCAGGAGGAAUACUAGGGUUACCUGCAGGUUAACUGAGCCGCGGCGGAGGACGCGGUUAUUACCCGCGGCGGAGACCCGGGGAGCGCGCGCGGGGGAACAUACGGGUAGUGUCCUGUGAACAUUCUUGACUUACAUAAGGAUGAUGCUGUACAGAACAGCUCUGGAGCUGAGAGGAUGAUCCCACCUGAGUGUUACAUUUAGCCCACUGGCUCUGCAUUUGAGAAGCUCUCGACAGCCCCUAAACGCCAGAAGGUGAAAACAAGGGAAAGAUGUUCAGGCCAUCCGAGGCAGGCAGGCGGCGUGCUAAUGGCCAGCCGCCCGGUCGAGUGCGAGGGGUGGAGGUGGCCCGGGGCAGGUCGGGUUACGGCUUCACCCUGUCGGGCCAUUCCCCCUGCGUACUGAGCUGUGUUCUGAAGGGCAGCCCUGCCGACUACGUGGGCCUUCGCUCUGGAGACCAGAUCCUCAGCGUCAACGACAUCAACGUAUCCAAAGCAUCCCAUGAAGACGUAGUCAAGCUGAUUGGACGCUGCACGGGCGUCCUGCACCUGGUCAUUGCUGAAGGGCAGCAGCACGGAGGCGGUGGACAGCUGGACUCCUGCUCCAGUGAUGAGGAGCUGGGCUUCCAUGACCAUAAAAGCCACUGGCUCCGGCCCAAGGUGGACUCCAAGACACUGGGCAUAAACCGGGCAGAGCGCGUGGUGGCUGAGAUGCAGUCAGGCGGGAUCUUCAACAUGAUCUUUGAGAGCUCCAGCCACUCAUCCAGCAGCUCAGAGAAGGCCGUGGCCUGUGUAUCCCGCUCCAAGCGCAGGCCACAGUCUGAACCGGAAGUCCCAUAUGCAGAAGCAGAGACCCGCAGAAGCGACCCCAACCUCCUGUCCGAGGAGGAGAUGGCCAGAGUGCUGCACGACGACUCUGUGUUCGUGGAUGUGUUUGAAGCCGAACGGGAGGAUGAUUUUGAGGGUAUUCUCAACGUGGGCAUGAUCGUGGGAUACCUGGGCUCCAUUGAGCUGGCGUCCACCAGUGCCAACUUGGAAAGCGACAGUCUGCAGGCCAUCCGAGGAUGCAUGCGACGCCUGCGGGCUGAGCAGAAGGUCCACUCUCUGGUCCUCCUUAAGGUCAUGCAUGACUGUGUGCGUCUGUGUAGCGACCGCGGUGCCAUUCUUGCCGCCUACCCGGCCGAGAAGCUUGCCUUCAGUGCCGUGUGCCCGGACGACCGCCGCUUCUUCGGGCUGGUCACCAUGCAGGCCACCGACGACCCCAGCGUGAGCCGGAACGGUGAGGAGGACCAGGGUUUGCGGACCUCCUGCCACGUCUUCAUUGUAGACCCGGAGCUCUGUCACCACAUGAUCCACCAAGGGGUAGCCCGCCGCUUCGGCUUUAACUGCACCCCAGACCCCGACACUGGCGGCUGCAUGGAGUUUCCCCCCACCUCCCAGCCGCUGCUGCAGUUCGUGUCCGUGCUUUACCGGGACAUGGGCGAGUCUAUUGAGGGGAUGCGAGCCAGAGCAUUCCUGGAUGGUGACCUGGAUGCUCAGCAGAACAACAGCACCAGCAGCAACAGUGACAGUGGCAUAGGCAACUUCCUGCCUGAGGAAAAGAGCAACCGUGUCCUUUUGGUGGACCUGGGUGCUAACCCAGCCCGUCACGUACCCACAGGAUUGUGGGAAACCCCUCAGGUUGCUCGUAACCCUGGUGCACAGGGUGGUCUUCCCCCUCCACCUCCUCCUCCUCAGCCUCCUCCUCCUAUACCACAUCGUAAUGGUUACAGGCACGUAGAACAGUUUGGAGAGCACUCAAAACCCCAUGCCCACGGAGACCCACCCCCUAUCUCAGGCAGGCACUUAAACUCGUCCUCCAGGCUGGACAUGUCUGGCCUCCCUUCACGCCACCAUUACCACACCCACGGUAAGAAGGCAGGCGGGGCAGGAGCAGGGGCAGGAGCAGGGGCAGGACAGCGCUGGUUGCCUGUGCACGUCCUCAGAGAUUGGAGGCACGGCCACAGCAGCGACCAGGAGUCCUACGCCGACUCCACUGACGGCUGGUCCAGCGCUAACUGCAGCACCCUGCCUCCACCCAUGAGUAAGAUCCCAGCUGACCGGUACCGCGCGGCGGGCGAGAUCGCCUCCCAGCCCCACCGGCUCCAUGUCCAGAAGGAUGAGUGGGCCAAGAAGCUGUUUGGGACGGAGAAGAGCCUCCGGGACCACCACCACCACCAUCAACCGGCCCAGCAGCACAAUGGGAAGAGGAUGAAGGACCCUGAGAAAAAGGGCGGAAGGUUUAGGGGUGUCACUAUUGGAUUUCCUCAGCGCUCCUCUGGGAGGCGAUCGUUCGGACGCUCGAAACGCAUCAGCCUGGCGCGUUCCCUGGACGACUUGGAGUCUGCGGCUGUGUCCGAUGGCGAGCUGAACAGUGCGGAUCUGAAGGGCUGUGGCAGUGAUAACAGCCUGAACAGCAAUGCCAGCCUACCCAGCGUCCAGUGCCACAGACGCCACACGGAGCGCCGCGUUGCAUCAUGGGCCGUCUGCUUUGAGCGCCUGUUGCAGGACCCUGUUGGCGUCCGCUACUUCUCGGAGUUUCUGAAGAAGGAGUUCAGUGAGGAGAACAUCCUGUUCUGGCAGGCGUGUGAAUUCUUCAGCCAUGUUCCAGAAGCCGACAAGAAACAGUUAUCCCAGAGAGCGAGAGAGAUCUACAACAGCUUCCUGUCCAGUAAAGCCACCACACCGGUCAACAUCGACAGCCAGGCCCAGCUGGCCGACGACAUCCUUAACGCACCAAGACCCGACAUGUUCAAGGAGCAGCAGCUACAGAUUUUUAACCUGAUGAAGUUUGACAGUUACACGCGCUUCCUGAAGUCUUUCCUGUAUCAGGAGUGUAUGCUGGCAGAGGUGGAGGGUCGCCCCCUCCCAGACCCCUACCACAUCCCCAGCAGCCCCACGUCCAAACACAGCACCAGCUCAGACCGCUCCAAUCUCUCCACACCCAAGAAGGAGGAGAAGAAGAGUAAAUCAGGAAAAUCAUUGAACGAGGAGAGCAAAGAUGAACAGAGUGAUAAAAAGAAAGGGAUUUUCUUCUCCUGGUCCAGAAACCGAAGCUUUGGGAAAGGACCCAAAAAGAGAGAUCUGGGAGAAUACAGCUUUUCGGGCAGUAAUGGUCGGAGAGAGUCACAGGGUUCUUUGUCGUCUGGAGCGAGUUUGGAGCUUGGCACUUCCGCUUCUGGCAAAAAUGAGGGAGAGGUGUCGCGUAACUCCAUGUCGUUAUCGGAGCGCGCUGUGCGUUACUGUAACAUUAACCUGCCGGACGGUUCCUGUUGCUCGGUACCCAUAAGGCCGGGAGUGUCGAUCAGGGAGAUUCUGCUGGGGCUUUGUGAGAAACUCUGCAUCAACCUGGCAGCUGUAGACCUCUUCCUGGUGGGAGGGGAGAAGCCUUUAGUGUUAGACCAGGACUGCAUGACGCUGUGCUCCCGAGACCUGCGACUAGAGAAGCGUACAUUAUUCAGGCUGGACCUGGUGCCCAUAAACCGCUCCGUCGGACUGAAAGCUAAACCCACUAAGCCUGUGACGGAGGUGCUGAGGCCCGUCGUGGCCAAGUACGGCCUGCACUUAGGAGACCUGGUGGCCAGGAUUAGUGGGGAUAAGGAGCCGCUGGAUCUUGGGCUGCCCAUUUCAAACCUGGACGGACUCAGGGUGGUGCUGGAGGCAGCUGAACACGUCCCGGGAAAAGACAAACAGAAACUGGCCCCAGCGAAAAGCCACGGGCCGCCGCUCUCCACACGAAGCCAGUCUGCCACAGGGGAGGACAGAUCGUCAGGGAAGGCCACGACUCUCAAAACCAGGGCCCAGGUGGAAAAACGAAAACAGAAAAAGCUUAAUAUAGAUGAAGCUGAAGAAUUCUUCGAGCUCAUAUCCAAAGCACAGAGCAACCGAGCUGACGACCAGCGGGGUCUGCUGAACAAAUCCGACCUCGUCCUGCCUGACUUCCUGCGCCUCGACCCGGACACCAACCCCAGCCGCGAGCCCGUCGGCCCAGCACCUGCCUCGCACAAGCCACGCCCACGCUCCAAGGAGAACGGCUCCGCCCUCAGCGCCAGCCAUCAGACGCAGAGCUUGGAUUCGGCCGUGGAGGUCCAGGGCACGCGUCGGGUGCUGAUGCCUCUCCAUAGAAACCCACGACACAGCGGUACGUCCUUGGGGACUUCGGACUGGCGGCGUGAGGGCGGGGCCCAAGCACUGGAGGAGGAGGAGGACAAUGGAAUGGACCUGACGCUGGUCGCCGAGGGCGACAUCACUAGUCCCAACAGCAAGCUCCUCCCUCCUUCCCCUUUGCCCUGUAUUCCUUCCCCAGACAGGCCCCGCCUACACAGGGGGGACGCUUAUCAGGACAGCUGGGGCCAACCAGGUACCUCUCCUGUGUGAACUGAAUGCGUGAACACACUCGCACACGCCUCCCUCUUGAGUUCUUCCUGAAGAUUUUGUGUGUGUGUGUGUGUGUGUGUGUAUGUGUGUGUGAGCGUGUUGGUGUGUGUGUUUUAUUGAGUGCUGUGGACUUGCUGUUGUCCCUCUCUUAAGCCCUCUGCCAAACGUUGGCAAACCUCGCCACUGUCCCCUGUACAUAUAUCACCCUCUAAGCAAAGCACUUUACUGAACUGUUGGAAGAGAGACCUAUAGAUAUAAAUAUAUAUAAAUGCUAUCUCUAACAUACUUUUAUUGCCUUUAUUAGAAGGGUCUUAUUUUUUAUUUUUACCUGCCAAUCAUCCAGCCACACCACAAUGACAAUCACUUGUCAUCAAACCUCUACUGUUCCAGGAACCUCAGCGUUUGAGUUGAUUGUAGACAACCUGAUUGUAGGUGAGUGUGCCUCCGUCCCCUCUGGCUAAUCCCGCAACGGUCCCCACCGAGACCACACCCCCUGAAUCAGACGUCACUAAGUCCUGCCUCACGCUAAACACUAAACACAAUCAGAUGAAGGUACAACAAGCAAAAUUUAACACUUCGCCUCAGUCGUGGUCACGUGACUAAACAUUAUAUGAGCAGGAAAUGACCUGUAUUACUGAACUGCUGUGCAAAAUAAUGGCUUUUACAAAUACUCAGCCUGAAGACCACAGCAAAUAUCAUUUUGCUAUAUAACUUAUGUUAUGUUGUUAAAGAAAUAUUUUGAAAAAAAAAUGAAAUGCAUACAAUGUUCCAUUAAAUGAUCAGUGUCCAAGUUUUGCUUCUUUAGUUUAUCUCUAGCGCUACAAAGCUACUGUUGCUACCAUACACUAAAAUCAACUUUUUUAUCCAAAUGGCUGAAUGUCUUAUCACCUUUUCAGGCAAAUUUGUUAACGUAUGGCUCCUCUAUUGUUCUGCAUUGUCGCUCAAAGUGAAACUUACUUUACCUUUUGGAAUUAUCCACAUUUAAACACUAUGGUUUCCUGGAAAAGGAAAGAGUGUCAUAGCAGUCAUUAGUGGUGGUUUAAUAGCUCCUAAUGAUACUCAACUGAUUGGGCUAAGUGAUAUACUCUCGAGAGGGGUAUCUGGUUAGUGAUGUUAAAAAGUGAGGUGGGUUAGUUGUACAGAUCUGUGUCAGAUUCAGAGGGGAAAAAAAACCCUCAAAGUGGAUUAAUGGGUGUAUUAAUUGUAUGAUCUGACCAGUUUGGUUAAACGAUUUUGUAUUUGAAGUGUCAACCAGAUGGCUAUCAAGCUUUUCUAGAUGUCUAGAUCAAACACUUUUCUCAGUCUGCUUAAACAACAUACUAGUGUUUGUUAGCAAUGUUUGCUUUUGUAGCUUCAGUUCAACCCUAUAAAAAAGCAAAUUUGGACACUGUUAUGUCUUGGCUUGUUGACUAAAUCUGGGGUUUGUACACUUGAUAUUGAGUCAUUUCUUUAAGAGGAAGUGAUGUGAUAAAAAAUGAAUUUUAAUGGUUCUGGUAGACACACCUUAACUGUCGCUUAAUGGUGGCCAAUGGUAGGCUCUUCCUGGUCCUGCUAUUCAGAUCAGAAGGAGUUAAGGACUGAAUGAUGAUUGAUUUUAGAUUUUUUUUAGAUUUAUUUAGAUGAUCUAGACACCUCAUGACCUCAGCUUUCCGUACUGUGCCAUUCUUCCACCUGAGUGACAAAUCUCCACCUGUUUCUUACAACAAGCAAUUCAACAAUGUACUGACAGUGUUUACGCAUCUAUCCUCACAUCUUCUGCCGUGUUCUUCAGUGCUAUCUUAGUUUUGACUCUCUCUUAUCUUACCUAUGGUAUUAUGUAAUAUAAUCCUGGCACAACUUUAAUUUAUCCAAUUUGUUUUUAUUUGAAAUGUACCAUAUGCCUAAAUGACAAAGAAAUACUAAUUGUGUACAGUUAUUUUUGGUUGUUUUUUGGUUUGGUUCUCGAGACGCGAGCAUUGUUGAAUUGCCUGCCGUUUUGCUGACUCUGAAAUUCCACUUUUUGUUUCCUGUAGCAGUCUUUUAAAACUGACCGAUUCACUCCGGUCGGUGCUAUAUUUCUGCAGUGGUGUAAAUAGAGUUAAAUAAAUGUUAGAGGUGA